AUUUGCCGUUGCAGUCAUUGUCGGUCCUCUUGGUGAGCCGCAAUCGCACCGAGACACUCUACUGGUCGAGCAAGGCUGUGCGUAAAUAAAAACACUCUAUAUUAUAUAUAAUAUAUAUAUAUAUAUGUUGUUCAACAAUCGGCAUUUAUCGAUAAUAAAUAAAUUGUUGACAAUAUUAAAUAAAUUUUAUUAUACAAUGUUAAUCAGUGAGUAAUUGAUCUGUUCGAUUAAAGUUUCAUGUGACUAAACAAUAUCAAUCGUUAGAUUUUACUCGUUUUAAAAUGUUCGGAUGUCUAACGGUGGAUAAAAUAAUUUAUAAUUGUUGUUAUUAUUUCAGUAAAUUUAUUAAAAAUUUAUUGUCUGCAUAAAAAUAAUAAAUUUGAAUGUUAAAAAUGGAGAUAAGGUCAUUUUGAAAAGUAGAUGAAAAUCAUUAAUUAAUGACAACCAAUAAAAAGUAAAUGAAAUAAAAAAUAAAAAAUAAAAUAACAGGAAUGUCGUUGUCAUAAAUAAGAUUUUAAAUGGUGCAAAAAGGUGAAAUGUAUAAAGGUACUAAUAUAAAGGUGGUUGUUUGUCUGUUGACAUUCCUGCUAAUAAUCACAACAAAGAUUAAAAUAACAGAGCAAGCUGAAAAAGAGAGAGAUUAUUCAGCGAUUCCAAAAAUAGGCGGCGCAGUUAAUAUAUUCAGUCGUUAUGGUUAUUUGAGCAUAAGUAUGCGAGUGGUGCCAAGGAAUGACUCCGACACAUGGAUAUUCCGGGAACCAACGGUGGACGUCUUCAACAAGGUGAUAACAGCCCCACCAAAGGUUAAGAGUAAGACAACCGUGUUUGACGGUGAUUUCCACAUGGAGUUUUGCGACAAUGUCAGACAAUUGCUCCAAGCUUACUUCAGAGAUUUCACGUUCGAGCGGAUGGACAGACCUUGGAGGGCAUUUACCGGAAGUUGGUCGGUCGCGACUAUCGCAAGACACCUCGGUAUAAAUGCCUCUUUCAUAACUCAAGAUCACUGCUACGUUCUUGUGAGAGUCGCCAGGUACCGGGAGAACAAAAAACUCGCCGGGGCUCCAGAUAGUAGUUUAGUUCUUGAUCAAAGCGUUACCAGAGAGGCGGAUAAUAUAACAGUCGGCGACACUGCUGGUACUAUUAAAUUCAUCAGGAACUUUGGCUCACACUAUAUCGCUUCUUUCGUCACUGGCAACUCGCUUUACCAGGUCUUUGUUUACACACCCCAAGUGUACCAGCGGAUAAAAGAGCGUCUGAAAACACGUGGCGUAGCUCAGCUGUCGAGUGUCGAGCUCAGCAACUUUUUCUCCCCGUGGUAUGCCGAGCAUAUGGGAACUAUCCAGUCCGCAAGCGGCAAUCACUCCGUCGAGGCUUGGGCUGUUGAGAAUCUCCGGGUCCAGUACUACUUUUUCACCUACCCGACCCUUCUUAAGCUCCACGGUGAUGCUGGAUUGCUCUACCAGUUGGAUGAUCUGCUCGGGAAUGAAGCGCUCUUGCAGUUACACCUGAAAACACUGUCGCCGCUUUUCAAAGACACGCAACAACGCGACUGGUUUUUAGAAGUUAUCGACAAUUACUUUAAGCUAUGGGAAGUUAACAUGUAGUAUGUGAUGUCUUCAUCAUUAUUCUGUGAUACUUUGGUCAAUGAUCAAUCACUAGUAUAGAUAUUGAUUUUUUAAAAACUUCAACGUCAUUUUUUAGUCAUCUCUUUGUAAUUAAGUGCUCAUAUAUCGGACGUAUUUUAGUAAAUAUUAUUACAACGUA